AUGAGAAUGGUGAAGCCUAAAUCCAUAGAGAAGGAGGCUGCAUUUAAAGCCAUAAUGAAGUUAAAAAUUAAGCAAGAAAAUGAUAAUGAAGAUUCUAAUGAUGAGCUUAUUGCCUACCUUGUCAGGAAGUUCAAGAAUGACACAAGGAAGACGAAAGUGGAGAGCUUCCGAUCAGGGAUUGGAAAGGUUUCCAUGACCAACGAAUCAAAGGAUCGAGAUAGCUUCUCUGGUUUUAAUGGUCCAAAUAUCCAAAGUAGGGUGAGUUUCAGUGUUUUUCGACAUGGAGCUCCCCCAAAUUCUUCAUUCAAUUGGGCUGAUCACCCUUGGCUUGUUUCAGAGGCUGUUGAGUAUGGUUGGUCUAGAUUCGGCUUUGCAGCUGAAGCUUCAUUGGGUUUAUGUCCUACUGCGGAUAUAAGCUGGGAGGUGUGUGCAGAAUCGGUGGAUUUCAUGCAGAAGAUUAGAUUCAAUCCUGGAUCGAAGAAAAUCGAUAUGGGUACCCUUCCUUUGGGUCCUUCAUGUGUUAUCAAAUCUUCUCUGCCAUUGCCAGGACCUCCAUUUAAGAAUGGCUCCUUCCCUCAAGAAGGUUAUUUAGAGAUCACCAUUGUCUCUUGUCCUAAUGAUGAAGUUGAUUCUCUCCACAGUGUUAAGAGAAGCCCUAGUUCAGGGGAGCUGACGAAAUUAAUUCCGCAAACUUCCAAUGUAAGUGUGCAGUCAGACUCAUUAAUCCAUUUUACAGAAAUCAUUAACGGCAGUGGAAGAUGA